GGAAACCCGGAAACACUUAUCGCCUGCUAACACGUUGCUGUCAUACUCAUUGUCAAAACUAAAGAAGUGACAGCAUAUGGAAUAAGUAAAAGUUGACUGAAAAUGGGGUCUGCUUUUAUAAUUUUAGGUACAUCAAUAAUAGCAGUGUUAUUAGCAGGUUAUUUUGCUCAGAAAUAUCUGCCACCACCUAAACCUAAAAUAUUUGGAAUAGACUUAGGUACAACAUAUUCAUGUAUAGGAAUGUAUCAGGCUAUAUCCGGUAAUGUAUCUAUACUUGAAGUACAGAAUGGUCAUAAGUGUAUACCUAGUGUUGUAGCUUUUAGUGAAGAAGGUAUAUUAGUAGGAUAUGAAGCUGUAGCUCAAUCAGAACAUAAUCCCAAAAAUACUCUUUAUGAUGCCAAAAGAUUUAUAGGAAAAGUAUUUACAAAACAAGAAAUUCAAACUUUACAGAAAAGAUAUCCAUUUAAAUUAGAGGCUGAUGAAUAUGGUAUGAUGCAUUAUGUUGUAUCUGUUAAUAACACAGUUUUUAAAAUAACACCAGAAUUAGUUGGUAGUAAUAUUAUCAAAUUAUUACGAGACACAGCCAGUAGAAACAUCAGUUCUCCUGUCACUAAUGUUGUUAUGUCUGUACCAGCCGAAUUUGAUAGUAGACAGAGAAAUUACACAGAGAAGGCGGCCAGUAUUGCAGGACUUGAUGUUAUUAGAACCAUUAAUGAACCAACAGCUGCUGCCAUGGCUUAUGGUUUACAUAAACACCCUAGUUUACAGACUAUAUUAGUUGUUGAUCUGGGUGGUGGAACACUAGAUGUUUCACUACUCAUGGUUCAAGGUGGAAUGUUUCUAACACAAGGCAUGGCUGGUAAUAACCAACUAGGGGGUCAAGAUUUCAAUCAACGUUUAUUACAAUAUUUAUUAAAUCAAAUACAUAAAAAAUACGGAAAACAAUUGACUGAUAAGGAGGACAAACAGGUUUUACGAAAUCAUGUGGAAGAAGUGAAACUAAUCUUAACCUCUAGUGACAGAGCUUUUAUAAAAAUAAAAUUACAUUCGUUUGAUAAUCAAAUAUUCGAAGAAAGUAUCUCAAGAACUCUAUUUGAAGAAAUCAACAAAGAUUUAUUUUUGAAAGUGCUAGAACCAAUUAAAACUGUUCUAGAAUUUGCUGAACUAGAUAAAAAUGAGGUAGAUGAAAUUGUUUUAGUUGGUGGGUCAACCAGAGUGCCUAAAGUUCGUCAAAUUAUCAAAGACUUUUUUGGUAAAAAGCCAAAUACUUCAGUAGAUCCUGAAUUGGCAGUUGUAACAGGUGUCUCUAUUCAGGCAGGUAUAAUAGGUGGAAUGUGGCCGUUAACGGUUAGUGCUGUCGAACUUCCAACUAAAGUCAAGAAAAUUCAAAUAAAUUAAGAUAGUCUUUGGUUUUUUUUUGUUAUUUUUAACCUGACAGUACAAAUACCUAUUGUAUGAUGAAUAGCUCUUAUUUGUAUGAGUCAGUCUACAAUGGGCACCUUCAUUUCAUAAACCUAACUUCUGCUCUUGAGUGUGGUUUCAGUUGACUGAUUGGUUACCACCACAUGAAUUGUAUACAGCGCUAAAGAUACGGUUGUGCCAGCUGAUUCUUGAAAUAAAAAUUGCCAUAUGUUAGUCCAGAAAUGACAUAGUUUUAACUCAGGUUAACAUACUACUGUGGAAAAGAAGGUGUCCCUGCUUGUCAGUAGACAUAUUCUUUUGUUAAAUACAUGUAAGGGGCAAGAUUCCUAGUUGAUAAAAAUGGCCUAAUUUUUAAACUUCCAAUAAAGAUAAAACUUUUUGUCAAUUUUAAUUGAAUAUAUUCUUUGUUAUUUUAAUUUAGAUAUAAAUUUAGAGUAACUUUGUUUUAAAAAUGUUUAAAAUUUAGAUUAAAGUAGACUUAUAUUGUUUGGUACAUAUACGAUUUAUUGAAAGGAAUGGAUUUUAGGUUAUAUUAAAUUUGGUACAUUAUACUGUUAAGUACAACCCAAGAUUUAUUUUGCCAUGUGAAUUUAAUGUUGGACAUUGAAAAUUACUGCAAUCUUAUGUAAUUUGUAUUGUAUUGUUUGUAUUUGGUUGUACAGUUUUCCUAUAUUAUCUAUUGGGCAUUUUUUUUUUAUCAUAAUGGUGAUUCAGUUUAUCUGAUGAGCCAAAAAAUUUCAUACUUUAAUAUACGUUUUUCUAGCACUUGUAUUGUGGGUAUUAUCAAAAUAUUACUUUAGAAUCUAAAAAAUCAUUCAGUGGUCUAAGGGGAGAUAAUAUGGGUUUAGGGAUCAUGUUGAUUAGUUACCCCCCCUUUAUUGCACCAACCACUUUCAAACUCAUCAUUAAAGCUAUGUGAUACCAUCUUUUGUUUUGUAUAGAAAUAUUUAUUGAAUAAUUGUUGAUUAUAAAGGAAAUAAAUAAAAGAUAAAUAUUUGGUUGUUUGUUUAAACUGUAUUUUACAAUACAUAAUAAUUAUUAUUUAUAAUUACAAAAGUAUCGAUAUGAAUUAAUAAUAUAUACUUGUCUACUGAAAUUCUUUUUCUUAAAAUUAAGUUUUUAACAAACUGAAUUGAACGGCACUCUGAGAAAAAAGAUUUUAGUAGAUUUGUUUGUGUAAUCAAAAUAUUUUUUAGUUAAAAAUGUUCUAAUUUUGCUAUUAAUAAUGUUUAAUUUCUUCUUAUAUUUCUUUAAUUCUUAUUGUUUUUGAUACUGGUAUUGGAUUACAUGUUUUGAAAAUAAUUUAUACAUGAUUACUUCGAAACUUGAUAUUAGAAUUUGACAAUUAAUAUGUUAAAAAUGUUGAAAAUAAAUUUAAAAAAACCCCAAAACAAUGUUAUAUUUUAUAAAUGGUGAUGAAUAUGACAAAUUGGUGCAUUAGUCUAUAAAUAUAAUAUGUACAUUGUAUACUUGUUACCUGGUAGAUAAGUUAUUGACCUUAGGUGAGAUUAUUCUCAGAUUUUAUUAUUAUAUUAAGGCAUGUAUUUUUGUAAUGUUUAUGUAUUGUUAUAUAAUGUAUAUUAAUUUAUAUUUAUAUAUAGUUAAAUACAUUCCAACUUAAUUUAAAUACAGUUGUAGAUAGUCUUUUUGAAAUAUACUGUAUGUAAUACAAGAAACGAAAGCUGCUGAUCAAUUAUUUAAUUUUUCAGACAAUAUCUAAAGUUUGAUAGCUGAAUCCAUGUUAAAAUGGAUGCAGCGAGUUAAAAGUUGCCUGUGUAGUUGUUAUCCCUCUCUAGUUAAGUCUGUAAACAAUAAAUAUUUUCCUUUUUUGUGUCACUUCUGAAAUCUUCAAAAUGUUAUUAGGGCUCAACCAUAUAACAAAGCUUAAAGGACAAUAUUGGUGCCAGUCAUUAUCACAUAUGUGAUAGAGCUGGUUAAACACAUAAAGUAAUUGAAUGUCAUUAGAUAAAAGAACACGAGAAAAAUAGAAAUAGUCCGUACAUUCCCUUGUUUAUAUUCAUUCUAUACCUUAUAAAAACAUGGUAAUGCACAGACUUUUUCUGUUUUUCUUUCGUGUUCUCUUAUCUAGUGGCAGUCAAUUCUUUUUAUGAAUUGUCAGAUAUCCUCUCACAGUCUCACACAACAACUUUUGGUCUUGGAAGGAAUUAUUAUCGCUCGUCACAUCAGUCAGUUAUAUAGAGGUAUGACUCAUGUUUUCCUUUGGCGCUCGUCACUUCCGAUUCAGGAAACCUGUAUUAUUCAGCUAUCGUAGCAGUGAUCUCUGUGUUAAAAUUAUAUUUGGAACGUGUUUAAUUAGUUCUAUCACAUAUGUGAUAAUGACUGACACCAAUAUUGUCCUUUAAAUUUGGAAUCUGUUGAACCAUUUCUAUCACAUAUGUAUAAAUCUUCUGGAUGCUGGUAUUGUCCUUAAUUUGAUGAUUCAUUAUAAUAUUGUUUUACAGAACUAUCAAACCAUUCAUAUAUUACAUGUUGAUGAAAUUAUAUCAUGUCAGCUGUUACAUUGUUAUUAAUGUAUUGUUUUUAUUGCAUUGUUACUAGUCAAGCUCACAUCACAAAAUAAAAAAAUUAUUUUA